AUGCAUCUUUCGUUUGCAACGCCAUCUGCAGUUGUCGCAAAUUUCCGUCUUUCUUUCCGAACUUUUGACUCUUAUUUUCUUCGUCCCUUUCAUCCAGGUUUAGCUUGGAAAACUCUGAGACUUGUAAGCAUGGCGAACGAACCUCCGUCGAAAAGGAUGAAGAAGGAAAUCGCUGAAACAAACCACAACAAUAGCACAGAACAAACCACUCUGGCAAAAUUUACGGAGAAAAGGAAGAACUUUGGCAAAUCUGUAGCAGAAUUCAAAUUCAAUAAGAAGAGAGUACGACUUAUAUCAUCGAAUACAGACAUGCCAGAGUCUUGUAAAGGAAUCGCCUACUGGAUGUGGAGGGAGCAGCGAGUACAAGACAAUUGGGCCAUGCUCUAUGCCCAGAGAAUGGCACUGAAACAACAAGUACCUCUCAUUGUCAUCUUCUGUAUGCCAUCUAAUUACCUUGAUGCUGCAUACAGGCAGUACAACUUUAUGAUCAAAGGUCUACAGGGAGUGGAAAAGGAGCUGACAGAGUUGAAUAUUGCUUUCCAUGUGCUUCUUGGUGAACCAGACAAGGUCCUUCCAGAUUUUGUGAAAUCCAAAGAAAUUGGUGGUGUUGUGGCAGACUUUAUACCUUUAAGGAAACCUCUUAAAUGGGUGGAAGAUGUUGCCAAGAAACUCCCAAAAAAUGUUCCACUUUGUCAGGUUUGUACUGAUGGCCACAACAUUGUGCCCUGCUGGCAAGCCUCUCCAAAGUCGGAGUAUGGAGCAAAAACCAUUCGCCCUAAAAUCCAUGACCAGUUAAAGCAGUUUCUUAUGGAAUUCCCACCAGUAAUUAAAUAUUCACAUGCUGGAGAUUAUGACAUAAAUGCAGUGGAUUGGGAAGCAGUGGAUAGUUUCAUUGAUGUUGAUCGUGCUGUUAAAGAUGUUGAUUGGGCUAAAGCAGGAACUGAGGCUGGUUUGGAAAUGCUGGAAUCAUUCUGUGACAGCAGGCUCAAAUAUUUUGCAACUGAUAGGAACAAUCCCACAAAGGAAGCUUUAAAUAACUUAUCACCAUGGUUUCAUGCAGGUCACAUAAGUGUCCAGAGAGCAAUCCUCAGAGUAAGAGAGUUCUGCAGCAAGUCUAAAGACUCUGUUGAGGCCUUCAUCGAGGAAGCAGUUGUUAGGAGAGAAUUAGCUGAUAAUUUUUGCUUUUACAACUUGGAGAAUUAUGACUCAAUCAAAGGGACAAAUGCGUGGGCACAGAAGACUGUGCAUGAUCAUGUACAGGAUAAAUGGGAAUAUUUGUACACAAGAGAAGAGCUUGAAAAUGGGAACACACAUGAUGACCUUUGGAAUGCUGCCCAGCUUCAGCUGGUAAAUGAAGGCAAAAUGCAUGGUUUCCUAAGAAUGUACUGGGCAAAGAAAAUUCUAGAGUGGACAGCCAGCCCUGAAGAGGCCCUUGAGGUGUCUCUCUUCCUUAAUGACAGGUUCAGUCUGGAUGGCAACGACCCUAAUGGAUAUGUGGGUUGCAUGUGGUCAGUAUGUGGAGUGCAUGAUCAAGGUUGGGCUGAAAGACCAGUGUUUGGAAAGAUACGCUACAUGAACUAUAAUGGCUGUAAGAGGAAGUUUGAUUUUGGAGAGUUUGUGAGAAAACAUGGCAAGAAGAAGCAGGACACUACUGGGGGGACUGAUAAAAUUUUGAAGAACAAGAAACGAAAGGCAGCAGGAAUAAGAUGA